CGCGCCGGCAACAUGGCUGAAAAGACCAACGAACCCCAUGUGUCACUCAUAAACAGCUUGACGAAGUUUGUAUUAACCGGGAGAAGCUUGUUAGAAAUCGCGCAAGGAGAGGUUGAAUCUGGAGCCUUGCAGGAUUUCAUUAGGAACAAAAUCAGUAUCGAGAGACCCAAAUCACUUCUGGGUUUGAUCGAGGCAGGUGCUGAAUUAUACAGAAGUUUAUGUGUGAAGAAAAGGAAGGAAGCCGAAGCCCUUUGGAGCAGUAAAUUCAGGCAUGCCGAGGUCCAGGAGGCAGUGGACAGCCUUUUACAGCUUGGCACUGAAUGGGAUGCGUUCCUGGAAAGACUGGAUCUUCGACUUCAGUUAAAGGAUGACACUGGAGGCCAGACUAUAAACAUUAAUGGGUCCCUGCCAGCAGACACAGCCUUCACAGAUGCCCGUACAGGAGAGGCAGUGAGUUUGGGGAAGUACUUUGGGAGAGGUACUAAAACCCUGCUGGUUGUAAUACGCCAGUUCUCCUGUCUACUGUGUCGCCUACAUCUGAAGGAGGUACAGGCGCAUCAGGGGGAUUUGGAUCAACUCUCAGUGCGAGUAGUGGUAGUAUCAUUUGGCUGCCAGGAGGGGGCGCAUCACUGGCUUGAGGAGACCGGCUGCUCAUAUGACAUGUUGCUGGACCCACAGAGGAAGGUGUAUGCUGCCUUUGGCUUUGGAGUGUCUCUUUUUAAAGUUUUGGGUUUUAACAACAUUCUUCGGUACUCAGAGUUUAUCCUGGACAACUAUGAGUUCCCGAGGCCCUUGCCAGCCAUUCAGGAGGAUAUGUUCCAGCUGGGUGGGGAUGUCUUGUUAGAUGACGCCGGUAAGGUGCUCUACUCACAUAGCUGCACCAGCCCCUUGGACAGGCCUGGGGUAGAACACAUACUGCUUGCCAUCAGAUCAACAACUCACUCAGAAGCCACAAAAGGAUGAAGUUUGAAAGCCUUCUGCAACCGUCUUCCUUCUUUAUACAACUAAAAAACUGCUCUUAUGCACUAAACCUUGCUCCUAUGCGCUAAAAUGCUUAUAUUGUUCACUCUGUAUUUCCCCAAGUAUUGUAUGCCACUCAGUAUGUCCUCAUUUGUAAGUCACUUUGGAUAAGUGCAUAAACAUGCUAAAUGAAAUGUAAUGAAAGCCAAAUAGAGUCUCUGUCAGGUGGAAAUGUCAUGAUAGGCCUACUGUUUGUCCAAAGUUAUUUUCUUUUAGUAUGUUAAGAAAGACAUUUGCUCACUAGAACAUUGUGUUGUCAAAGGUGGUACAUUUUUAAUCAAAAACGGACAUAAACACUGAUCUACGGCAUGGUGUUGUUGUCAGUAUAAAAGAAAAAAAUUCACCAUAUUCUUUGAGGCCCUUGUCUUCAUACUUUCCUUUCACAACUUGGUGAGAUCAGUCAACUGGUUGUCUAGGUCUAUCAGUGCCCUUUCUCUGCUUACCAAUUCAGAAUGAAUUCAGAAGAAACUGAGUGUGAUCUAUUAACUACAUGGUCAGUGUUUCCCGCAGAAUUUUUGUUAGUCAAGGUGGUGGGGCGUCAAAAGUAUAUUUUUUUGGUUAAGCAACUUUAGAAAUUACAUUCACAACGUGAUUUUUUUUAUCUUUUCAGGGGACCUAGUCAAGGUGGUAGGUGUGUCUGGUCAAGGUGGCCAUCCUUAGCAAUCACGUACUGGGGGAAACCCUGAUGGUAGGCUAUUGACUACGUCGGAGACGCACCAACAACCUGGAAAAAAAGAGUAGCUUACACACGUUGAAACAUGGGAUCCUCUAUUGUGAGGGUAGGUUAGGACAAAUAAUACUGCAACUGGAAGAGAGGAGAAUCAUUCUUUUUCUUUUCCAAGAAUUCUUGAGUGCCCUUUAGCACGUUCAGACAGACCUGACAACAUCCCUUGGAUGGUAAAUUAGCUGCUUAAGUCUGAGACUCAUGCUGUUCUGUUAAUCAUUGGCUUCCUUUACCUUCCCACGUGCAAAGUGUUUCCAAGUGCACACAUGUUGGAAUACAUUUCAAAGAACUGAAAACUCUAGAGUCUAGGUUAAUCUUUAGGAUUCAGCAUUUGCAUCAGACAAUACUACUGUACAACAUUGACACCUCAUACAGAUGCAUAUGAAUACUGUAUAUUCCAUUUGCUCUGGAUGAAUGUGGAGCUCAUCAAGUGUUUAGGGGUAUUCUCUGGUAUUCCAUAACAUUUUUUGUCAUGUGACAUGGCUGUUGUGUUUUAUGUAGCAUUUCAUGUGUUUUUUUCUUUCAUUCACAAAAUGUCAAAUAAAACAUGACAGAUGACUGAUUUUGCGUUUGAACUUGUUAGG